CGCUCUGCCUGUGCACCGUGCACGUGCAGUUCCCUGGCUGGACGCGCGCACGUCCCGUCAGUCAGAUGCAGGGCAGCGGGGCAUCAAACAUCUCCACCGAGGGACAGGCCAGGUUAAAUUGACCCUGGUCUGCCACCAGGUGUGGAGGGCUGUAACCCAGCGAGGAGGAGGGCUUUCUGGGUGAGAGGAAGAGCAUGAUGAGUGGGAAGAGCCUGCUGCUGAAGGUGAUCUUGCUGGGGGACGGCGGAGUGGGCAAGUCCUCUUUGAUGAACCGCUAUGUCACAGACCGCUUUGACUCCCAGUCCUUUCACACCAUCGGUGUGGAGUUUCUCAACAGGGAUCUGGAGGUGGACGGGCGCCUGGUCACUCUCCAGAUCUGGGACACGGCAGGUCAGGAGCGCUUCAAGUCCCUGCGCACGCCCUUCUACCGUGGGGCCGACUGCUGCCUGCUAACGUUUGCUGUGAAUGACUUGCAGAGCUUCCAGAACCUCUGCUGCUGGAAGAAGGAGUUCAUGUACUACUCAGAUGUUAAAGACCCAGAGCGCUUUCCUUUCGUGGUGCUUGGCAACAAGGUAGACAUGGAGCAGAGGGAGGUGGGGGAGGACGAAGCGAGGGCCUGGUGCGAGGAGAAUGGAUGCUGUCCUUACUUUGAGACCAGUGCUAAGGAUGACACUAAUGUCACAGCUGCAUUUGAGGCAGCUGUCAGGGAGGUUCUAGCUGCUGAGGACCAGAUUGACCAUGCUUUACUGGGUAGUACUAUAGAUCUCCAUGGCAACCGCAAAACCUCUCGUGCGUCUUGCUGCUGAUUGGUCAGGUGUGAAUUCACGGUGUCUUAACCUCUCUGGCUGAAACUUGCCUGAGGCAGUUCAAAGAGCCAGUCAUGUAUUGUUUAGGGUACACGUGUAGGUACAAGGUACUGAUUACAGUAUCCACUAAAGGUCAUAUGGAUAAGAUACAGCUGCUGUGAGGAGGGCGGGGUCAAGGAAUUCAGCUGGCGUCUAGAUUGUUGAAUUAACAAACGGUACAGGCACACUGCAACAGGCACACUUAUCCUUUCUACUCUGUCUGCUUCCAAUGGUGUUGCACAAGAACAUUUUUAUCCGAUGUUGUCUGCCUGUGCAGGGCUUUUAUCAAAGAGUGCUUUCACAGCAUUUAUUUUAAUCAAAAAUAAUUAGAAUUUUAAUUAACACAGUGGGAGAGAAAAGAUACUGGUCCUCUACUGAAGAGCACACUCCGCAGCCACUCAACUAUUUGUCCAUGAGCUGAUUUUACAAGGUUUUAGAAGGACUGACAGGAUUGUCUUCUCUUUUUAUCAGACAUGUUAGUGGUUGCUGGGGAGUUAAAGUAUUUUCUUUGACAUUGACUGCGAUCUCAAUCCAUGCAGAUGCUGAGAUUGAUAACUCCUGACAUCAGGGUGAUGACCAAAAUGAUUCGAGGUACGAGGAAGUCAAAUGAUUGCUGCGCUCUAAGGAAAGAUGACCUUGUUUGUCUUCAAUAGGAAGGGAAUUAUUUAUUGUUAUUUUGAAGCUCUUACUUCAAACAUCGGUACGGGCUAAUGAGGUGCUCUUAUUCAUUUGAUUGUCAGAUCUAUUACCACUGACUGCACUACUGUGUUAGGGGUCGACCGAUAAUGUUUUUUCAGGGUUCAUAUAGAUUUUUAGUAGUCAAGGAGACCAAUAACAAUAAUAUGUUUAAAACCAAUAUAGACUACAUUUGCAGUAAUGAUUUAAAUCGUAUUGUUCAAAUGUAGAAUAACAGAAACACAAACACAAAACUACUGCUACACAAAGGUACAACUGCUGUGGUGUCCAGUAGUUUUUGUCAUUUUGUUCAACCCAUUUAUAUCGAUAAAGUUUUCGGCUCUCUUUGCAAAGCAAUACAGCUCAACAUCCCCAAACACUACAUCCUCCAGACUGAUCAUACAGUUAAGACAACAACUCUCAAACACUUUUGAUAAAAAGUGUCAUGCAGGAAGUUUAUUUGAAGACUAUAUUAGACUGCAUCACUUUUAGCUAGGUGUACCUAAUAAAACGCUGUAAAUGAGUGUAUAUUUGUAAUUUUCAGGUUUAUGCACGGGCUGUAAAGUUCCAGAAUGGACUUAAUUAGUUUAUCUCUGUGGAUCUCGAUGCAUAUACGCCCGGUAUCCUAAAAAUUAUCUCUAAUUCAAUAAUUUUACCGUUUAUUAUUAUUUUACCCAUACCCCUUUUAAAAUGUAACUCAUUAAUAUUUACAGAGACUACAGUAUAAUUGACUUUCAUUCUACGUUUGUCUAAAAUAAUUUGACCUCUCCCAGAAUUAAAUUUAUUUUACGUAACAGUAGUAGUUUUCGUAUCACUGUUUUGCUGUAUUCUUCAUUACAGUGUUAAUGACCUGCUCAACAGUUUUGCUCAAGCACUUAUAGCUCUCUACUUUUUUAAAGCUUUCUCAUUAAUUCCACAGUUGAUUACUCUGUGUUCAGAUCGACAAGUUAUUUAGCGAUGGCUCCAUCCCACUCUCUCCCCCUCUCUUGCCCAGUGUGUCUUGAAUGGGUCAACAAAUGAACUCGUUAAUUAGAUUGUUAUGGCUUUGCAAUUUCAGAGGAGAGGAUUGUGGUGUUGCAACCUCUGCAAAAUCUGCUGCUUUACCUUCAAGUAACACGCUUUGAGCUUUCACCGCAGCUGCUCUAGUCUGUACGUUCGUCUUUGCCCGUCUGUACCUUCAGUGUUUGCAGGUUAUUUACUUGUGACGCGUAACCGAUCAGUGUUGUGGGCGGGACAAGGCUAGAGAACACAAAGUGUUGAUGACAGGCAGGAAGCGGCGGCUACAUCAGAGCUAAAGUAGCAGGUACUUAUUUGCACUUAGAUAAAAAAAAAGAUUCUGAUAAUCAUUAAAAUGCUAAAAAGGCCAAUAUUCAGUCGACCCCUUCACUGUGUAGCUGCAGGCACCAGGCGUACGAGCCAGACAUCUGACCAUAUUUAUUUCUUCAUUUAUAUUUAUGGACCUUUUUACUAUUAAAGGUUUAGUAAAUCUCAAAGUUCAGAAAUAAUUCUGCUGUUUUUGUUAAACUGCUGUUUUUCUGAGAAGCACACGUCCAUCCUUUAAUGUUUUUUUUUCAUAUUUUAUUCAUCUGAUAUUGACAUAAGGCAUCUGUUUUUGACCAGCGGCUGAUGAGAGUUGGUGUUUCCUGAUAUGUAGGCGAGGUUAUAAUUAUUUUCCUAAUCACAGCAUGUUUGUAAUCCUGCGUCUGCUUCUGCUGGUUGAGUGACAGGACUUCACAUUUCAGUUCUUCAGCUUUGCCUGGUGUCAGAGUCUCCUGUGCUUUACUGAUAUAACUGAUACAUCACACACACACCUUGUGCUGUCACUCUGGUCAUUCUAUGUCUCGGCUGAAUGUGAGACAGCAUGUGCACUAUGAUAAUUCCGUUACUACUUAUGCGUGUGUCACCUCUCCUGUCCAUUCAUACAGCAGUGUGUGAAACUUGCAUCCGACUUUUCUAAGAACUUGAUUAGGUUUACUUUUGUUUAUCCGAUCGGUACUUUUAUUUCAAUGUUCUUCUAACAGACCGCUUUAUUUACCACGGGUGCAUUUGAACCUUUGGAUUUAGCUGCUUUUGUCCAGAGGGCAGUGAUUUCUUCCUGUGUGGUUUUAGAAAAUAAUAUACUUGAUAUUGAAACUGAGUUACACACAGUUUCAAUAGAUUCUCUUCAGUAUUUCAGUUGCUGCUUGAAUAGUAUUUGAUACCUUCUCAAACAACCACAUCUGUUGCAUAAAUAAGAUAAAAUGUUUUGGUUGUCUGAAUGCAAAGUCGCCAUGGUUUCUCAUUAUGGCUCCAUGUUCUCAUACCUUUUUCUGUUGUGUUGAUGUUAUCGUGUAGUUUGUGUUGCACAUUAUUUGCCUUUCUAGUAAAAAAUUGCAUCAUAUUUCUAUAUGACUACCGACUAAUGGUGAACAUUACAAUAGUUUCACUGUGAAAAUGAACUUGGUCCAAUCAGGUACACGCUUAUUUACUUUAUUAUGCGGUUCUUUGUUUUUAAUGUGGGUAAAUUCGUUUGAGUAUAUGAUCAUUGUUAAAAGGUUUUAUAAGAUGUGUUGGAGCUUACGAGAAAGUUUAUUAACUGUGAACUGAUUAGGGCAUUUUAACAAAGUAGAGCUGUUAGCAAACAUCAAUUCAAAUUUAAAAAAAAUCAGGGCUUAAAGUUAAUAAUUUUUCAGUGUUAUUGUUUUCUGGCUCAAACAAAAUACUUGUCUGUUUACUAUACUUUACCAUUUUAGUUUAUAACCUGUUCAGAUAAUGUAGCAUACCACAGUGUUUACCUGAGAACCAGUCAGCUGGUAGCAUUACUCUAUUACUCUAGUAUGUUGCUCUCACAUUUCUGUCUUAUAUCACUGCAACCCAGUCCUGUCAGUAUUUCUUUUAAAUGUUCCUGUAAUAUUUAUGAAUGUAAAAAACGAAUUUCUUUGGGCUGUCCAGAAUAAUGGCUUAUGUAAAUGGUAAAGGGCAUUAAUUUUAUAAUUCUGUACAAAAAGACAGUGAACGUCUGUUUCACCAUCGUCCCCUGAGUGCAAUUUAAGCUGAGUGAAAGUUUCGACUGUUUGUCUUGAUUCUGUGUUCAACUAAUGGACGACUCUCCUUACUCCUGUUCUUUUGCACUACGGAGGAUGAGACUGGGUUGUGCCAACAUGCUGGCAAAGCGUCCAACACCCUCCAGUGCUUGGCUACAAAUAAAAACAUGCGGCAUACCAAAAGGAAA